AUGCAUGCUUCAACUCUUCUCACUCUCCUUGCCGCCGCUGGCACCUCGACAGCCUUUGCUCUGCCUCCUGGCUACAGCAUCGUCACGCGUCAGGAUGAGCAAAAGUACGAGAACCCCGACGGGAACACCAGAGUGGCUUUGACCACCGACGCAAUCAACUGGGGCGACGCUCCGCCGUGGAACGUCCUUGACGGGAUCAAGGGCCACUGCACCACCGUCGGCUGCGAAGGCAGCGACAAGCUCGAGGUCGACACCAGAGUCCAGUAUAAGGCCUCAGAUGGCUAUCUCCGCGCGGAGACUCGCAAGAUAUCCGUUUCGGUCACUGGAACUUUCGCCGCUACCGGACCAGGAUCCAGGGAUGACCUUGUCGAGCUGGCAAAGAUGGUGUUCGGCAACAGCCAGUACGAGGUCAAGCAGGAGACGUACACCGAUGACCCGGCCUGUGUCCCCAGCCCUAUCCCGUGCCCAGUGGCCGAAGCGAAGAAGAUUGACCAAUACUACCAUCAGAGCGGGGUCGAUAUCCAAUACCUUGACGGGGAUUCCGAUGUUCGGGCUUUCAUGAACAUCCGCAUCGAGGUCGAUUCUGGCAGCGGGGAUAGUCGGACGUGCGGCGUCGACAGUAACGUCGUGGAAAUUGGCGGUGUCAUCGCCGGGGCCUUCAACGGCUAUGCAGGUGCUGCGUUCAGCCUGUUUGAGUUCUUCUGCGGCGCUCUUUGA